GCGUCCAAAACCCUCUACGUUCCUUUUUCUCUUCACAGUCACACACCAUCUAUGCCCUCAUUCAUCGCUCUCUCUCUCUCUCUCAGUGAUCAAAGAAACAAACCCCCAUCUCCCUCCCUCUCAAUCGAAACACUUACAAGCAAAAAGCCCUUUAUUGAUUUUGGUAUUUUGAAGUGAUUCUUGAUGGAUUUGAAUACCAAGAAUCCAAAAUCAGCCACUCCGGUGAAAGACCCGCAUGGGUUUCAAUCAAAAUUAUCUGAGAAUUCAAAUCCAAAUCUUUCCCAUUCUAGUCCUUGUUCAAAACCCACAAAUUCUCCUCUUACCAAAUCUGCCAAAUCCCAAAAAUCUGCCUCGAGGAAUCCGACUUUGAAUCUAAAUCCUGUCAUUUAUUCACCCAGAAACAAGAUUAGGGAAAGAAGGUUUGUAGUGGCGAAAAAGAAAUCAAAGAAAGGGGCUUUGAAUUCAAAUACAACUCCUGUGGAUUGCAAGUGCAAGGAGAGAUAUGGGGACAAUGUAAACAAGUGCUUGUGUGUGGCCUAUGAGACAUUAAGGGCUUCGCAGGAGGAGUUUUUCAAGAACAAGAACGAUGUUGAAGAGAAAGGUGAAACAGAUAAGGAAAAGGCCUUUGAUUAUAAAGCUAUGACAGAAUUUGAAGAGGAGGAGAUAGAAAAUCAUUUUGCGGCUCAAAAUCUUGAGAUUGAAGAUAGAGACGGAUCAGAUACUCAAUAUUCCUGCGAAAGCGAGAAAUCGGGACAAAUGGGUAGUUCCACAAUCAAGAGAAGGAGAGAUAAGUUACUUGAAGAUGCAAGAAACAGUGCACCUGACUCUGGGAAAGUGAAGCAUUUGGUUGAUGCCUUUGAGAAGCUUUUUACCCUACCAAAUCCAAAGGAAUCAGAUAAGACUGAAGAGGAGGAGAUAAAGGAGAAUAGAAAGAAGGCAAUGCAAUGGGCAUUGCCUGGAUUGCAGCAUCCUAAAGUGGUGCCCGAGACUGAAUACUCUUCUUCUUCAUUUUCAUUGCCUAGGUUUCAGCCUGCUGGGGUAUCCGAGACAAACGUCUCUUCUUCUUCAUUCUGUCCAUCUGAUUUCUGUUUAACUUCUGAGAAUCUGGGGCUGGAUUCAAGGAUUUCUCUUUCCUCUUCAUGGGAUGGCAGUCAGGGCAGUAAUUCUAGCAGGUCAUCUAAUGGAGGCAGGAGAAGCCGAAGAAAUAGUGCUGAGUCAAGUGGAACAAUGGGGGUGAGGCGAUUGAAGAAGAAGAAGCAACUUAAAGUCACAAGCCAAAAGCCAUUUAAGCUCAGGACAGAGCAAAGGGGAAGACAGAAGGAAGAGGAAUUCACAAAGAAGAUUCAAGAAAUAAUGAUGGAGGAGGAGAGGCUGCGGAUUCCUGUUGCACAAGGCCUGCCUUGGACAACAGACGAACCAGAGUGCCUAAUCAAACCUCCAGUGAAAGAAAACACCAAGCCCGUUGACCUGAAGCUCCAUAGUGAUAUUCGGGCCGUGGAGCGUGCUGACUUUGAUCAUCAGGUAUCUGAGAAGAUGAGCCUGAUUGAGCAAUACAAGAUGGAAAGAGAGAGGCAACGAAAGUUGGCAGAAGAGGAAGAGAUACGCAGAUUGAGAAAGGAACUCGUUCCAAAAGCACAGCCCAUGCCCUAUUUCGACCGGCCAUUCAUUCCCAGAAGGUCAAUGAAGCAUCCAACAGUGCCGAGAGAACCAAGGUUUCACAUGCCUCAACACAAGAAGAUCAAGUGCUGUCUAUCAUGGAGCGAUGUCAGCAGCUACACUUGUGAUCAAUAGGGAAACAGAGGAAGAGAAAGAAUAGGUGGGAGGAGGGUUAGGCAUUCUUUCGUUCCUUGUCAAUUAGUACUUAAUACUGUUGACCCUUGUUCUGUUUAUCCAUUUUCUCACUCAACUCUUCCCAAUCAUUCUUUACAUCAUCUGUAUAUGAGGCAACCAAUUAGUUGCAAUUUUGAGGACUGUCGUCUUUGGCUUGUGUUCUUGUGCGCAGUGAAACCAGUGGGGGGAAAAAACAUAUGAAGUUCUCAAUUCAUAUUUGGUGCCUUACAAGGUUACAUGACAAGUUAGUGCAGCAGAAUAUUUAUCUGUGGCUUAUUGUUUCUUC